CCCCCCCCUCGCCCAACGGUCGAACACGACCGCGUGCCUCGUACCUCUUUGAUCGCGUGAACUCGUACAAGACGGUAUUUUUUUUUAGCAACGACGGCCGUGCACGACCGCGGACGAGAUGCUCAUCAUCCCUCGCGGUAACACAGUAUCGUUUACCGGUGCACCAACAGUGUUUACGUGUUAUCGUCGAUUGUAUCGAUCCGCCGUUAGCACGGUGUCGACGUGAUCGAUUGAACACCGACAAAUGGCCCUAGGAACCGCAAUCGAGAGCGUUGGCACCGCGUAGACCGGUGACAACGACCGACCGGAAGACCUUCUUGCACCUCGUGUAACACUGUUGACGCGCCAUGGAGUUCACGGUGAUCGACGCGCACGUCAUACGGUCGAAUCACGACGACCGCGGCGGUAAAACGGACGCCGAGGAUCCAGACGAAAUGAUCGCCUGGUUCAAGGAGCUCCGACAUUUAGAUCUAAGCUGUUCCAACAUACUACAUAUAGCCAAUUUAGGCUUGAUAUCGUCGACCAAUCUAACGUCUUUAAAAUUAUCGGUCAACCGUAUCGAUAAGAUUUGCAAUCUCGAAACUUACACAAACCUUCUCGAACUGGAUCUAUCUCACAAUCAUAUUAAACAAAUAGAAAACCUUCAGGGAUUAGUCAAGUUACGACGUUUGGUUUUGAAUCAUAAUCCAUUGACGACCGUCCAAAAUCUGGACUCUCAACUCGAUUCACUGGAAAUGUUAGACAUAGGAUAUUGCAAAAUAACCAGUAUAAGAUUCAUAUUUUAUUUGAAAAAAUUUAAAAACCUCGUAUCGCUAAUAGUGGAAGGCAAUCCGUUUCGAAUAGUUCCUGCAGAUUCCGAACGGAAAUUCAUCAUAUCUUUGGUUCAAUCAUUAUUGGUGUACAACAACAAGACAGUUACGGUCGAGGAGAAAAAAGAGUCCCUCGAAACGUUCAGUAAGCUGAUUUCGUUGCUCGAAAACAACGAUAAAAAAUUGAAACGGUUGUCGGAAGACGAGAAACUGCGGUUGGAACGCAUGAACGCCAGAAAGGAUGCGUUUUUAGAUAGAAUCCCAGAAAGCGGAGACGUCGAUUUCAACGUGAGCAUUUUCCGCAAUCCGACCGUCGAACAAGUCCUCAAUGAGAACAGCCGAUACGGGAUUCACAAUGCUUACCGGGUGCAUGCUGAGAACUUCCGACAACUGAUAAACGAAAUAACUGAAGCCGCCGAAACUAGCCGCGAGACACGUACACGACUGGUCAUCGAAUUUCGAGAAAAACUUAGGUGUUUAAUCAACGAUGGAGUGAAUGAGAGUCGAAAAUGCGUUACAAAGUUUGCAGAGUACAAAAAACGACUUAAAUGCGAUUUGCACAAAAGCGGUGACAGUCUACAGGAUGACACAGUGGCCACAGACGAAACGCAAUUGGUGAUGCAACGAGAAGCCGCAAAGCACAAACGGUUAGACAAGAGAACGCGAGUUCUUUGGCUGGUACUAAUGGGUCACGAGGACUCUCUAUUUCGGAAAAUAACGGAAAUGAUCGCUGUGCUACAAGAUGUACUCGAAAAGCAUAUAAUGGAAUUCAAACAGUUAGUCAAUAAUCGGUUUGGCGUGUUGCAGCGACAGCAGAACGUGUUCUUACAAUUUGUUUUGGAAUAUGCCGUGUGUUCGGCACAAAGUGAUGACACGAACAAUAGAUUUUGUAGAGUGUCACAAUUUAUAAACGACAUCUCUCAGUGUAUGGAAUCACAAGCAAUGCAGUUACAGAGCGCGGAAUCAUACAUAACGAAAAGUGCUUCUAAAUGGUUAGACGAUGUCUUCAACGAUUUGAACGAUCAAGAAAUUCAGCGAAACCGACAAAAAAUAUUAGAAAUAGCAACAUUUAUACGUUCUCAAGAUGAAUAAUCUAAACAAACAAAUAAAAAUAAAUCUAAUAAAUCUUAAUUCAUCUUAUAUAACUCUUAAGAUUGUACUCGUAUAAGUGUUUUGCCAAUAAGUAAUGAUUGUAAAUAAAAAAUAAAAACCUUAUCAUUACAAGAUGCUAUAAUUAGGUAUACAUAUUUAUUAUAUUUAUUAAGUAUUUACAUAUUCAAUCAUAUUAUGUGAAAAACUUUAGAUUAGUGUGAUUUACUCUCGAC